UAUAUAUAUAUGCAUAUAGAUUUUUUCGUAUACACACGUUCUCAGGAGCAGAAAAUUAGAGCAUUCAAUCUGUUUAGAAGGCGGUGUUUCUAUGAUUGUAACGGUGGAUUCAAACUAGUUUAUCGAUAAGUGGCAGCGGUCAGAUCAGCUUUUGAUUCUUUUGGUUCAGCAUUUGUUAUCGUUCGACCUAAAAGACUUCUUUUUUUUUCAUGGGUUGCACAAAUGGGCUUGUGAGUGCAAAAGAAAAGAAGCCUCUUGUUUCCUUUGGGGUGAUCUCUGAUGUCCAGUAUGCUGAUAUUCCCGAUGGCCACUCGUACCUUGGUGUUCCUCGCUAUUAUCGGCACAGCCAGCUUGUACUGCAAAGGGCGGUCCAGAAAUGGAAUGAGCAGAAGCUGAAAUUUGUGAUUAAUUUGGGAGACAUUGUUGAUGGUUUCUGCCCUAAAGACCAAUCUCUUACUGCUAUUGAGAAAAUUGUCAACGAAUUUAAUAUUUUUAACGGUCCUGUAUAUCACACGAUUGGGAAUCACUGCCUCUAUAAUCUCCCUCGUGAGAAGUUGCUUCCGGUGCUGAACAUUCUCAGUCGCAAGGGUCUUGCAUACUAUGAUUUUUCUCCUGUCCCAGAAUAUCGGCUCGUUGUCCUUGAUGGCUAUGAUAUCAGUGCUAUUGGUUGGCCCAAGGAUCAUCCGAACACAUUGAAAGCUUUGAACAUUCUCGAGGAAAGGAAUCCAAAUACAGACAAGAAUAAUCCAAAUGGACUUGUGGGGCUCGAGAGACGGUUUGUUAUGUUCAAUGGAGCAGUAGGAAAAGAACAGAUGGAAUGGUUAGAUUGCGUACUUCAGAAUGCAACAAAGUUGAACCAGAAAGUGGUGAUAUGCUGCCAUAUGCCAUUAGAUCUUAGUGCAUCAUGCGACGAAGCACUAUUGUGGAAUUACGAUGAAGUGAUAGACGUGAUACACAGAUACAAAUGCGUUAAGGUCUGUCUAGCCGGACACGCUCAUAAAGGUGGACAUUCAGUUGACUCCCACGGUGUACACCAUUGGGUUCUUGAAGCAGCAUUGGAAUGCCCUUCUGGCAGUAAUUCUUUUGGACGCUUAGAUCUUUUCGAUGAUAGGCUGUUACUCACUGGUUUCGAUAGAAUGAAGAGCCGGGAAAUGGUUUUCACUAGUUAGAUGUACCAAAAAGAUCAGCUUGUAAAAAAUCCACUCACUUUAUAGGUGUGUAAUUUUGUACUUAGGAAGAUGCUCAAAGGAUGAGAUACAGAUCAAUUACAAAACCAUAUAAAAUGCCGUUGAAAUAAUUCUAUUAA